GGGCCGCCUCUCCUCCGACCCGGGGCCUGGGCGGAGAGCGAGGAAAACUUCCUGGCUGGGGCUCGGGCCGCUCCGGCCUUCCCCACCCCCUCCCUCGGCGCCCCUAAGUGUCCAUCCGCCAUGGCCAAAGCCUACGACCACCUCUUCAAGUUGCUGCUGAUCGGGGACUCGGGGGUGGGCAAGACCUGUCUGAUCAUUCGCUUUGCGGAGGACAACUUCAACAGCACGUACAUCUCCACCAUCGGAAUUGAUUUCAAGAUCCGCACUGUGGAUAUAGAGGGAAAGAAAAUCAAACUGCAAGUCUGGGACACGGCGGGCCAGGAGCGAUUCAAGACAAUAACUACCGCCUAUUACCGCGGAGCCAUGGGCAUUAUCCUAGUAUAUGAUAUCACCGAUGAGAAAUCCUUUGAGAAUAUUCAGAACUGGAUGAAAAGCAUCAAAGAGAAUGCUUCAGCUGGGGUGGAACGCCUCUUGCUGGGGAACAAAUGUGACAUGGAGGCCAAGAGGAAGGUGCAGAAGGAACAGGCUGAUAAGUUGGCUAGAGAGCAUGGAAUCCGAUUUUUCGAGACAAGUGCCAAAUCCAGUAUGAACGUGGAUGAGGCUUUCAAUUCCCUGGCCCGGGACAUCUUGCUGAAGUCAGGAAGCCGGAGAUUGGGGAACAGCGGCAAGGCCACCAGCGCCGACCUGAACACCUGCAGCAGAAAGACGGCGGGCAGGUGCUCCCUGGGCUGAGGACCCUUCCCGGCCUCCCCUCAGCCUGGAGGCCCACCUGAGGGAGGCGACCGGAUAGACGGUGGUGGGGCCUGGAGGGACAGAUGAGUAAGUGGGCCGGAGAAUGAGGGGGAAUGGAGCAGAAAGAAGAGAAGAGAAAAGAAAGGAAAAGGGAAAAGCAAAUGAAAUGGGCAAGGAGCAGGGUAGGGAAAGCAUCUAGGAGGUGACGUAGGAAGAGUGAGAGGGAAAGGAAGGAUACAUAGCCUUGGGUCUUGGACUGCCUUGGGUUUCUGGUUCAACAUUAAUGUAAAUACACUGAUGUAUUCUGUCACGCAAUCAGGUUUUAAGGGCUUGAGAGAGACUGGCUCAGCACCGCUGGAAGGGCUGUCACUCCGCAUGGUUGUUGUUCAGUAUUAAAGGCCUCUGUUUUAUACAAA